UAGCUGUUACUCGUGGUCUCUUGCCAGCUCGCGCAGAGUCUGACGCGGGCUAACUACACUACUAGAUAGCAUGCGAGAGGCGAUACACGCCCUGCGUUGCAUCUUUUGGUGCCUCCGAAGUACGCAGAGCACGCGGAUGGAUCCGACUGUGGUCGUAUCCUUUGUGAGACGAACAAACACCCGAGAAGUGAGAUUGAGAGUAACAGACAGACACACACACAGACAGACCCAAGUACUGUAACCCUCGCUGCGCAUGCGCGCCGAGGGUU